AUGGAGACUGGUCUGACAGGGCGCCGUGUGCUGGAGGACGAGCUUCAACUCCUCAACGAGUGCCUCAGGGAUGCACUAGCUGUGCACCUGUUCGUCACACGCUCGCUAGUGGAAUGUGACGGAGGUUGUGGGACCGUCCCAACAGUGCGCACCCUGCUGUUGGAGGAGGAGGUACAGCUGUAUCUGAGGCAGCUGCUGCAGAAGUACACAUCCAGUCUCGCAAUGCGAAAGAAGCUGAGGUCAGCAAAGAGUUUACACUAUUUACAGUGUCUCACUGAUGUGAACACACAAAAGGAGUUUAUCCACGUGGCGGCGCAUCCAUCCUUUGCCGAUAGUGUGUGA